CUCAGGUGGUGAUCAAUGGAGGGGCUACGUCCAGUGGUGAGCAGGACAAUGAGGACACGGAGCUCAUGGCAAUCUAUACGACAGAGAAUGGCAUCGCAGAGAAGAGCUCUCUUGCAGAGACCCUGGACAGCACUGGCAGCCUAGACCCCCAGAGGUUGGACAUGAUUUAUACCAUAGAAGAUGUUCCUCCCUGGUACCUGUGCAUAUUUCUAGGGUUGCAGCACUACCUGACAUGCUUCAGUGGAACAAUUGCAGUGCCCUUUCUGCUGGCUGAUGCCAUGUGUGUGGGGUAUGACCAGUGGGCCACCAGCCAGCUCAUUGGGACCAUUUUCUUCUGUGUGGGAAUCACAACAUUGCUUCAGACAACGUUUGGAUGCAGGUGAGAUUGGGGUCUUAAAGUGGGGUUGAUGCCCCAGUAAG